AUGGACCAGCGGGCGCCGCCCCUGCCGCGCGGCCCCGGGUUUGAGUACCGCUACCUGACAGAGUUCCAGUCGCACGAGCCCGAGUUCGACUACCUCAAGAGCCUCGAGAUCGAGGAGAAGAUCAACAAGGUGCGGUGGGUGCGCAGCCGCGGCGGCAGCAAGCACGUGAUCUCCACAAACGACAAGACCAUCAAGCUGUGGAAGGUGUACGAGAAGAGAGUGUCCAGCGUCACAGGGUUCAACGUCGACCGCAGCAGCGGCGGCUUCGCCCCCGGCUUCAGCGCCCCGCAGCCGCCCGCCGCGCCGUGGCCGCUGCGCAUGCCGACCGUCGCCGGCAGCGAGCUGCUGCUCGCAUCGCGCGCCAAGCGGGUCUACUCCAAUGCCCACGCGUACCACAUCAACUCCAUCAGCGUCAACAGCGACCAGGAGACGUUCCUGUCGGCCGACGAUCUGAGAAUCAACCUCUGGAACCUCGAGGUCACAGAUCAGAGCUUCAACAUCGUGGACAUCAAGCCGCAGCACAUGGAGGACCUGACGGAGGUCAUAACCUCGGCCGAGUUUCACCCACGGCACUGCAACGUGUUUGCGUACAGCAGCAGCAAGGGGUGCAUCCGGCUCGCCGACAUGCGGGGCGCAGCGCUGUGCGACAGGGGGGCCAAGGCGUUUGAGGAGGCGGACGCCAACCCGGGCGCCAAGUCGUUCUUCAGCGAGAUCAUCGCGUCGAUCAGCGACGUGCGCUUCAGCCGCGACGGCCGCUACCUGCUGUCGCGCGACUACAUGACCGUCAAGCUCUGGGACCUCGCCAUGGAGGGCGCCCCCGUGGCCACCUACAACGUCCACGAGCCGCUGCGGCAGAGGCUGUGCGACCUGUAUGAGAACGACUGCAUCUUCGACAAGUUCGACGCGUGCAUGAACGGCGACGCGACCCACAUCGCGACGGGCUCGUACGCCAACGGUUUCCGGGUCUUUGGGCCUGGCGGCGGCGAGGCGGCGCUCGAGGCGACGCGGGACCCCAUGCGGCGGCGGGUGCAGCCGGGGGCGGGCAAGGCGCAGCAGCGCUGGACCGUCCGCGCCAAGCACGGCCCCGGCAAGCGCGGCGCCGCCGCCGCCGCCGCCGCCGCGGGCGGCCUGGAGGGGUGCGGAGACUACGAGGCCAAGCUGCUGCACCUGGCGUGGCACCCGGAGGCUGAUGUGAUCGCUUGCGCCGCAUCAAACAGCUUGUACAUGUUCUGCGCGUGA